AAAGGCAGACGAUCCCGAACACCAACAACUAUGAAGAAGAAGUAUUUGGAAAAUAUACAAUGGAAGUCAGAAUGUCCACCAAAGGAAAAUGGGACCUUACUCUGAAGAGUUAAAAUAAAGAAAAAGGCGAAUGACAAUUUGGAAAUAUUUUGGGGGGUUUAAUAGACUCUUUCUUUUUUUGCUUUUCAAUCACUUGUUUUCAUCAUGGAUCAUUUUGACCGAAUAGAGUGAAUAACCAGGACAUAUUAACAAGGAAAUAACAGGGACACAUGAGAACAGGUAUCCUUUGUUUUGUCGGCGGGGUUUUUGUGACGCGUAAUUUGGAGAUUUCCAGUCAUGACGCAAACGCGCAAAAGUGUCAUUCGCGGCUGUAAAGAUGGACACCUCUGAAGAAUUCUGCUUUGUUUCUUUUUCUUUAUUAUAAAUCAAUCAACUUUGUGACAUUUGGAUGCUAUAACGACCAGUGACCAAAGACCGAAUCCAACAUCAGGAACCGUGUCACGACAUUUCUAGGAUAUAUUGCGUUUCAUUCGCGUCUAGUAGUGGAUACUGCAACUAUCUGACUAUUUAUCUCACACUUUUAUUCACUUUUUAAAGUGUCUUCUUUUUGGGAAGAAAUUUCGCUUUUAAUCACGGAAAAUGAGGAGGUCGAUGUUUAAAGUGCUUUGUUUUGUGUCCUGUGUCCUCUCCAUCCGCUGCACACCGGCACCGGACACCGACACCCGGAGCAUCGCCCCGACCUGCGCGUCCUGCGGGCUCCCUCAGGCGGAUGAAUCCACACGGGUGGACGUGGACUUCUUGGAGGCGGUGAAAAGACACAUUCUGACCCGGUUACAGAUGAGGGACAGACCCAACAUCACCCACCCCAUCCCGAAGGCGGCGAUGGUGACCGCGCUCAAGAAGCUCCACGCCGGGAAAGUGCGAGAGGACGGGCGAGUGGAGAUCCCGAACCUGGACGGAUACUCCGCGGCGGUGAAUGAGGUGGAGGAGGAGACGUCAGAGAUCAUCAGUUUCGCCGAGACAGAUGAGUUGCUGACCUCCAAGACCAGCCUGUUUUUUGUGAUCUCCAACGAGGGCAACCAGAACUUGUACGCGUCCCAGGCGAACCUUUGGCUGUACUUUAAACUUCUGCCCAACGCUUUGGAAAAGGGUUCUCGGAGGAAGGUCACGGUGAAGGUGUAUUAUCAGGAACCAGGCCUGGGGAGCAAAUGGAAUUUGGUGGAGAAACGUGUCGAACUGAAACGCAGUGGGUGGCACACCUUUCCCUUGACAAACGCUGUGCAGUUGGUUUUCUCAAAAGGUGAUCGACGGCAGAAUCUCGACGUGAAGUGCGAGGGGUGCGAAAAUAUGGGCGUCCUGCCUGUGUUGGUGAACUCGGCUGACGAGUCCCACCGUCCUUUCCUGGUCGUCCAGGCGCGAGUUGCGGACAACAAACAUCGCAUCCGUAAACGAGGCUUGGAAUGCGAUGGGAGCAGCAGCUUGUGUUGCCGCCAACAGUUCUACAUCGACUUCCGCCUCAUUGGCUGGAACGACUGGAUCAUUGCCCCAUCGGGGUACUAUGGGAAUUAUUGUGAAGGGAGCUGUCCCGCAUACAUGGCUGGGGUGCCUGGCUCGGCCUCCUCUUUUCAUACCGCCGUGGUGAAUCAGUACCGCAUGCGAGGUAUGGGUCCGGGAUCCAUGAACUCGUGUUGUAUCCCAACCAAACUGAGCACAAUGUCCAUGCUGUACUUCGACGAUGAAUACAACAUCAUUAAACGGGACGUUCCCAAUAUGAUCGUAGAGGAGUGUGGAUGUGCUUGAGUCACAGACUGCAAAUUUUCCAAAAGCAUAAGAGAAUAUUAAAAAAUAUUAUAGUAAAAAAGUGCUAUUUAUGAAGAUCCUCAAACUUCUCCGAGCUCACACAUCCAUGUUCAUACGUACACCCCAACUCUUCAAUGCAUGCACAAAUCUUUGUACAUAUAUUUAUGUUCUUUAAUAUCACCCAAUAGAGGCAUUCGUCAGUUUGCAAUCAAUUGGUUUUGUUCCGUUCUAUAAAUACAGUAUGAUACAGUAUGAUGCACUGAAAUAUUUUUGUCUUGUUUUCCAGUAGAAAUAUCGAAACAUCUUUAAACAAGAAAACAUUACUUGAAGGGCAAAAUGGCUAUCAAGAUCAAGUCUUGUUUUCCGAGAAAUCUAACAAAAUUUGGUGUGGUUUAUGCUUACAACAAGAAAGCAAAAUAAACUUGUUUGCCCUUUGAAUCAAGUUUUUUUCCUUACCCCAUUGGCAAAUAGGGGUUUCUCAUUAGAAGCAUAAACUUACUACAUUUUGUUAGACUUCUCUUAAAACAAAGCAAAUUUCUCAUGUAAUUUUUUUUCUUAAGAAAAAGUAUCUUGUUUGAAGAAUGUUUAGAUAUUUUUACUGAAAAAACAAGACAAAAAUUCUCAGUAGGAAAAUGUGAUAUUCACGUUCUUACAGAUUUGUUUGGUCUCGUCUAGAAAUGGAGCAAACCGAAUUGUAGACAAUGUUUGGGGUGGUUUACUUGGACAUACAGUAUAUCCGUAUACCUGCCCAGAACUUAAUCGAAAAGCACUGACCAUCUUUUCAAAACAACGUCAGCACUUCCAACAAUGACUUCAUCGAGUGACAACCAAUCUAUUUAAGAGUUUCUUCAACAAACAUCUACCAUGAAUUCAUGGAAAAAAUACGAACUGGCUCAACUUUUCUUAACAUUUCAGACAUGCUGCAUUUUUAACGUUUUUCAAAAUGGAUUUCUCAACAGAGGGAUUUUUGCAGACAGUCUGUCACUAAAGACAUGAGGCCCAUUAAUAGAUCAUGAGACAUGAGUUUUUAGUGUCUUGUUAUGUCUUUGCCAUGUCUCGGGAGCCUGAUUAUACAUGCGACAAGCUGUAGCGCCAAAUAUACAUGGAACGCUACAGCGCAUCUUUCGGGCUCCCGCAACUAACAGUGCCCUUAAAAAUAAAAAAUAAAAAUGUACUUAAACGACCGAAAUUAUCUCACUUGACAUGAGUUGCCAUACUGUUCAGUUAUGUUGUGGUACAGCAUAGCACUUGCAAACAAUAUCGUAAAUGCACAAUUUAUAGCACUUGCAGACUAAAAUACCUUUGAAGGUGCAUGUCCUUGUUGAUGAAUUUUUUUCAGAUAAGUGCCACACAAGCUAUGCAAUGUAUAGUAGUAACCUACACCGAAUGGCCCACACUUUAGCUACUCGUCAUUAACUGUUUUCAAUACUUGAAAUGUAAACUUCACUUCCUUCUCUGGGCGGAUGGUUGUUACAAUGUUUGCACUGAAGAUGCAUUAUUAGUAAAGAAAAAACCUGCCACUGAAAAAACAUUAUUUUUAUAGAAGCAAUUUAAUUCUGUUCAGAUGUAUUUUACAGAAUCAUGGAACCAAAGAGGCCAAGAUUUUAGCUAUUGUUUGAUGGUGAGGCCAUUGGAGUCUUUUGUAAAAUACUUUUAUAAAAUGUGCAAGAGGCCUAAACUAUGUAUCAGGGUACAGUAGGAUGGAUUCCAUUUACAUUUUUCUUUGUACAGUAGACAAAUGGAAUAUUUCAUAUUUUUCCAUCAACUUUCUUUUUUUAAAUUUUCUAUUUAAUACUUCUAGCAUCUAUUCCGGAAUCAUUUAGAAUCAAAUACAUGCCAUCUCUGUACAGCUUAUGUAAGAUAAAGAAUGCUUUGAAUUAUUUUGUUCUUUGUAACUGUUAUGAAAUAAAUUUCUUAUUCUGCAUUAAAUGUGCUUGCUUUAUAUUAACGCUCAGUUAUAAGUGUCAACCAAAUGAGAGUCAUCCAUGGACCUUAUGAACAAUUUCAAUGGCCACAGCUGUUAUUAGUGGUGUUUGCUAAAUCAAGAAUCACGUCAUAG